GGGAGACUUAAAGAGUUCCCAGGUCCGGGCUCAGUGCCCUGCGCCUGAUGCCUCAGCUCCACCAUGGCCGAAACAACCAAGCUCCAGCUCUUUGUGAAGGCCAGUGAGGACGGGGAGAGCGUGGGACACUGCCCUUCCUGCCAGCGGCUCUUCAUGGUCCUGCUCCUCAAGGGUGUGCCCUUCACACUCACCACGGUGGACACACGCAGGGCGCUGGACGUGCUGAAGGACUUCGCUCCAGGCUCACAGCUGCCCAUUCUGCUCUAUGAUGGUGACGCCAAGACAGACACCCUGCAGAUAGAAGAGUUCCUGGAGGAGACACUUGGGCCGCCCAACUUUCCCUGCCUGGCGCCCCGUUACAGGGAGUCCAACACGGCUGGCAACGACGUCUUCCACAAGUUCUCCGCAUUCAUCAAGAACCCUGCGCCCGGGCAGGAUGAUGCCCUGUACCAGCAGCUGCUGCGCGCGCUUGCCAGGUUGGACAGCUACCUGCGGACACCCCUGGAGCAUGAGCUGGAGCAGGAGCCGCAGCUGCGCGAGUCGCGUCGCCGCUUUCUGGAUGGCGACCAGCUCACGCUGGCCGACUGCGGUCUGCUGCCCAAACUGCACAUUGUGGAUACUGUGUGCGCGCACUUCCGCCAAGCACCCAUCCCUGCAGAGCUGCGUGGCGUCCGCCGCUACUUGGACAGCGCGCUGCAGGAGAAGGAGUUCAAGUACACGUGUCCGCACAACGCAGAGAUCCUGGCAGCGUACCGGCCCGCUGUGCGCCCCCGUUAGCGCCCCGCCUCUCCCCACCCUGCGCACUCAUACGCAGCCCCAUAAAGGCAUCUCUGCCCCCA